GGCCCUGCCCGCCUCAGAGGCCGAAUCCGGCCCUUUCUUUCUUUCCAGCGAGCUUUCCCUCACUCAGAGGGAGGCUGCCAUCAUGGCGGCCUGGCGAAGCGCGGCGCUGCUGAAGGCGGCGAGGCGAUGGGGGCUGAACCGCGAUGGCGUCGUCGGCGCCCUCCUCUUCCCCUCAGGAGACAAACGGUGGGUCAGCACCAGCUGGUCCCCGGUGGGCGCCGCUUUCAACCUCCAGCCCCAGCAGCAGCAGAGAAGGGAGGCCGCGAGGAGGACGGGUUUGUUUGGGGUUGCAGAGCUCACCUGUCCGGAAGGAUUUCAGGAAGCUCAGGAAAAAUCACUACAAGAAGCAGAACGAUUAGUACAAAAAGCAUGUGUUACACCUCCUGGAAAAGAGAUAGUAAUGAUCUUUGAUCAGCUCUCUGAUGCCUUGUGUCGUGUAGCAGAUCUGGCAGAUUUUGUAAAAAUUGCUCAUCCUGAUCCUGCUUUCAGAGAGGCUGCUGAGGAAGCCUGCAGAAGCAUUGGUACUAUGGUAGAAAAAUUAAAUACAGAUGUAGAUUUGUGUCAAAGUCUGAGAAAAUUGUUGGCUGAUAAAGAUGUUAUGCGUUCCCUUGAUCCAGAAACAAGGCGUGUGGCAGAACUUUUCAUGUUUGAUUUUGAGAUCAGUGGUAUUCACUUGGAUGAAGAAAAGCGUAGGAGGGCAGUAAACCUCAAUGUCAGAAUACUGGAUUUAUGUAAUGAAUUUCUCAUUGGUUCUCACCUUCCUAACAAGAUUGACAAGCAUAUUUUACCUCAACAUAUUCGCCAUAACUUUGUAAUUGAAGGCAGUUAUGCCCAGAUCAGCGGUCUCAAUGCAGAUAGUCCCGAUGAUCUGGUACGUGAAAUUGCCUACAAGGUUUUUCUCUACCCAAAUUCUCAACAAUUGAACUGUUUAAAGGAACUGCUUACCAGCAGAAACCUUCUGGCCCAAUUAGUUGGAUAUGAUACUUUUGCUCAUCGGGCUCUUCAAGGAACGAUGGCCCAAACCCCAGAAAGAGUGAUGCAGUUUCUUGUAAAGCUUUCAGAUAAGUUAUUCAGUCGAACUCAAAAGGAUUUUGAAAUGAUGGAAAGCAUGAAAAUGAAACUGAAUCCUAUCAAAUCAAAAUUGAUGCCCUGGGAUCAUCCAUACUAUAGUGGUGUCCUACGUGCUGAGAGAUAUAACAUUGAACCUAGCCUAUAUUGUCCCUUUUUCUCUCUUGGAGCAUGCAUGGAAGGACUGAACAUCUUAUUCAAUAAACUCUUAGGAAUCUCUCUUUAUGCUGAACAGCCUGAGAAGGGAGAGCUGUGGUGUGAAGAUGUUCGCAAACUGGCAGUUGUCCAUGAACAAGAUGGUUUAUUGGGGUAUAUCUACUGUGAUUUCUUUCAAAGACCAGGCAAGCCUCAUCAGGAUUGUCACUUUACGAUACGUGGAGGCAGACUAAGAGAAAAUGGAGAAUAUCAAACCCCUGUUGUUGUGCUUAUGCUAAGUUUGCCCCAUUCUAGUAGCAGUUCACCAACAUUGUUAACUCCUGGAAUGAUGGAGAAUCUUUUCCAUGAAAUGGGCCAUGCUAUGCAUUCUAUGCUGGGAAGAACUCGAUACCAACACGUGACUGGGACAAGAUGUUCUACUGACUUUGCUGAAGUUCCCUCUAUAUUGAUGGAGUACUUUGCGAAUGACUAUCGAGUAGUAAAUCAAUUUGCAAGACACUAUAAAACAGGUCAGCCACUGCCCAAAAACAUGGUGUCAAGACUCUGUGAAUCUAAAAAGGUUUGUGCUGCUGCUGAUAUGCAGCUACAGGUCUUUUAUGCUGUUUUGGACCAAAUAUACCAUGGGAAACAUCCUUUAGAGAAGACAACCACAGAUAUUUUAAAAGAAAUGCAAGAGAAAUUUUAUGGAUUGCCAUAUGUUCCCAAUACUGCCUGGCAACUCAAAUUCAGCCAUCUUGUGGGUUAUGGUGCCAAAUAUUACUCCUACCUCAUGUCAAGGGCUGUGGCCUCCAUGGUAUGGAAAAAGUGUUUUGUGCAGGAUCCAUUCAACAGAGCAAUGGGUGACCAUUAUCGCAGAGAAAUGCUGGCACAUGGUGGUGGAAAAGAGCCCAUACUCAUGGUUCAAGGUAUGCUUCAGAAGUGUCCAACACUGGAAGACUUUGUGGAUGCCCUUGUUUCAGAUUUAGAUCAAGACUUUGAAACAUUCUUUAUGGAUUCUGAAUAACAAAAGAAGUUCUGGUGAUGGUUUUAAAAACAACAACAAAAUAUCAUCAAUAGUGUACCUAGGACAUCUAUGGACUGCAUUGCCAAAUCUUGAUAAACAAAUGUGAAAAUGCUUGUAUAAAGGAAAGGUUUUACCUGGAGAGUAAAAUGUUUGUUUUACUACAAAAA